AUGUCUGACUGGGAAAGCGAGGAAUUUAACGCUUCGAAAGGAGUGGCAGCCUUGCAAGUGAAAGGUUGGAGCGACGACGAGGAGACGCCCAAGAACACCGAAAGCCGUGGAGGAGGCGACGGUAAUGGUGGCGGUUAUCGUGGCAACCGCGAUGGCGGAGACGGAGGUGGCUUCCGUGGAGGACGUCGCAAUGGCGAGGGAGGUGGUGGUGGUGGCGGCGGCGGUGGAUAUCGUGGACGUCGCAAUGAUGAUGAAGAAGGAGGCGAAGGACGUCGCGGCGGCUUUAAUCGCGACCGUGGAGGAGAUCGUGGUGGUGAUCGCGAGGAGCGCGGUGAACGAAAGGAACGUCGUCGUCGCAACGACGAUGAUGAGGAUGACGUAAAUAACAACAAGGGCGACGAUGUCGGCGAAGAUGGAGAGAAGAAGCGCGAGUUCUACAUCCCGCCAGAACCAUCCACCGACGAAGCUGAGAUUUUCAGCACGGCCAUAUCAUCGGGAAUCAAUUUUUCCAAAUAUGAUAAUAUUCCGGUGAAGGUAAGCGGAAAUGAUCCACCAGCUGCCAUUACGAAGUUCGAGGAUUUCAAGCUGCGUGACAUAAUCGCGGCAAAUGUGACGAAAUCGGGCUAUAAGUUGGCCACGCCCAUUCAAAAGGUCGCCAUACCGGUGAUCAAGGCUGGCCGUGACCUGAUGGCCUGUGCCCAGACUGGUUCUGGCAAGACGGCCGCCUUCCUUUUGCCGAUACUCAGUAAAAUAUUGGAUGACGGCAAUGAUCUGGAGAUUGGCAAGCCGCAGGCUGUGAUCGUAUCGCCCACCCGAGAGUUGGCCAUUCAAAUCUAUCACGAGGCCAGAAAGUUUAGCUACGAGUCGUAUUUGAAGAUUAGCAUUUUGUAUGGCGGCACCUCGGUCAAGUACCAGAACGAAUCGAUUAUGAUGGGAUGCCAUGUGCUGAUUGCCACCCCAGGGCGUCUGCUUGAUUUUGUGGAGCGUACCUUCAUCACGUUCGACGAUACGCGCUUCCUUGUCAUGGACGAGGCCGAUCGUAUGCUGGAAAUGGGCUUUGCGGAGAGCAUGCGCAAGAUUGUCAAUCACUGCACGAUGCGCGCCGAGCAUCAGACUUUGAUGUUCUCGGCCACAUACCCGGAGGAGAUACAGCGCAUUGCUGGCGAGUUUCUCAACAACUAUAUCUUUGUGACCAUUGGCGUUGUGGGCGGCGCUUGUUCGGAUGUGAAGCAGACGAUCUAUGAGGUCACCAAGUACAAUAAGCGCGCAAAGUUAACAGAACUUUUGGAGGAGUGCGCCGAUGGCACCAUUGUCUUUGUUGAGACCAAACGUGGUGCAGAUUUCCUGGCUUCGUUUUUAUCGGAAACCGAGUUUCCCACAACUUCGAUCCAUGGCGACCGACUCCAAAGUCAGCGCGAGCAGGCUCUACGGGACUUUAAGAGUGGCCGGAUGAAGGUACUCAUUGCCACAUCGGUUGCAUCUCGCGGUCUAGAUAUUAAGAACGUGAAGCAUGUCGUGAACUACGACAUGCCCAAGGGCAUUGAUGACUAUGUCCAUCGUAUUGGUCGCACCGGGCGUGUCGGAAAUAAUGGUCGCGCCACAUCGUUCUUUGAUGUCGAACAUGAUUCGGGCUUAGCCACAGAUCUGGUGAAAAUUCUUGAGGGAUCUGAUCAGGAAGUGCCCGAUUUCCUGCGCGCCCUGGGCAGUGGCUAUGGCGGCGGUGGCGCCUCUCAGUUUGGUGGCUACGAUGUUCGUGGUAGUGGCAAUGCCAUCCAGGACGCUGAUGCUGUCGAAGAUAACCAGGAGUGGGAUUAAGUCACUCCAAUUCCAUUUCAAAAUAUAUCGGACUAUAUUUAAUCAUAUUUGACUAGUUAUCAGGCUUUUAUAUAUAUAUAAAAGUAAAAUAUAUAUAAAGAGAAGAAGCCCAGUAAAUCAUUCAACGAUAUUCAUUGCCUUGCAUAAAUUGGCACAUAUUCAAAUAAAAUAAUAAUUCCUAUGAACAAUU